AUGUGCGCAGGAGGCCCGCCCCCCAGGCCAGCCGUGGCCUCGGAGUGGCUGUCGGCGGCGCUCAUCGGGCGCUGCCCCGCCCCGGGUCCGGGAGGACCAACGGUUCACAAGACCGGGCACGCCGCAGCAGCAACGGCGGCGGCGUCGCGCUCGGCCAUGGUCACUAGCAUGGCCUCGAUCCUGGACGGCGGCGACUACCGGCCCGAGCUCUCUAUCCCGCUCCAUCACGCCAUGAGCAUGUCCUGCGACUCGUCCCCGCCCGGGAUGGGCAUGAGCAACACCUACACCACGUUGACGCCGCUCCAGCCGCUGCCGCCCAUCUCCACCGUGUCGGACAAGUUCCACCACCCGCACCCUCACCACCACCACCCACACCACCAUCACCACCACCACCACCACCAGCGCCUGUCGGGCAACGUCAGCGGCAGCUUCACCCUCAUGCGCGAUGAACGCGGGCUCCCGGCCAUGAACAACCUCUACAGCCCCUACAAGGAGAUGCCGGGCAUGAGCCAGAGCCUGUCCCCGCUGGGCGCCACGCCGUUGGGCAACGGGCUGGGUGGCCUCCACAACGCGCAGCAGAGCCUGCCCAACUACGGGCCGCCGGGCCACGACAAAAUGCUCAGCCCCAACUUCGACGCGCACCACACUGCCAUGCUGACCCGCGGCGAGCAGCACCUGUCCCGGGGCCUGGGCACCCCGCCCGCGGCCAUGAUGUCGCACCUCAAUGGCCUGCAUCACCCGGGUCACGCUCAGUCCCACGGGCCAGUGCUGGCACCCAGCCGCGAACGUCCACCCUCGUCCUCGUCGGGCUCGCAGGUGGCCACAUCCGGCCAGCUGGAGGAGAUCAACACCAAAGAGGUGGCCCAGCGCAUCACCGCCGAGCUGAAGCGCUACAGCAUUCCGCAGGCGAUCUUCGCGCAGAGGGUGCUGUGCCGGUCUCAGGGGACUCUCUCCGACCUGCUCCGGAACCCAAAGCCGUGGAGUAAACUCAAAUCUGGCAGGGAGACCUUCCGCAGGAUGUGGAAGUGGCUGCAGGAGCCGGAGUUCCAGCGCAUGUCCGCCUUACGCCUGGCAGCAUGCAAACGCAAAGAGCAAGAACCAAACAAAGACAGGAACAAUUCCCAGAAGAAAUCCCGCCUGGUGUUCACUGACCUCCAACGCCGAACACUCUUCGCCAUCUUCAAGGAAAACAAGCGCCCAUCAAAAGAGAUGCAGAUCACCAUUUCCCAGCAGCUGGGCCUGGAGCUCACAACCGUCAGCAACUUCUUCAUGAACGCCCGGCGCCGUAGCCUGGAGAAGUGGCAGGACGACCUGAGCACCGGGGGCGCCUCGUCCACCUCCAGCACUUGUACCAAAGCCUGAUGGAAGGACUCUGAGUUGGGCACAAGUCAUUUCCAAAUGAGUAAAACACAUACCAAAAGAAAACACAAAGGAAAAAGACACUGGAUUCUUAGCUGGGGCCCUUCACUGGUGAUUUGAAAGCACAAUUCUCUUGAAAAGAAACUUCUAGCUGUAAUCAUAGGCCAGGUGUUCUUUUUUGUUUUGUUUUUAAUGGCUAUGGAGCCCAAGUGAAAGCUGAAAAUGAAUCUCUUUGAACCGGACUUUGUCCUCUGAGCAUGCUGAGCAUCUCAGAAACCCAAAUGGGGCCUUCCUGGAGCAAGUUCAUUUCAGUGUAGUGUCAACCAAGCUCAGGAUUGCUUAAAAUGUCAACAGCCCCACUUGGGGGUUUUUCAACCUCUUGCAGUCAGAGUUCUCACAAGUAACCGUGGGAAUUCCGCCUGAGUUUGGGCUCCCAAGAUGCUACUUUAAGAGAAGACUCUAGCAACCAGAAUGACCUCAUUUGAUUUCCAAGUGCUUAGCCACAUCACACCACAUACACCAAAGUUCACAGCCAUAACAUAAAAAACAUCAGAUAUGAUAAUUACUGAGCACAAGUAUUAAAUAUGAAGUUAAAAAAAAAACAAACCCAAGGACCUGUUUUUCCAACUCAGGCAUCUUUUCAUUGAAUGGUUUUGAAAGAUUUAAGUUGGUCCAGUUUACAAUUUUCUUUUCUUUACCUCCUGGAAAUCUAAUAUGGUCUUGGAUCCAUCAAAACAACAAAUCAGUUCACUUGAGCUCAAAGUAUCAAGCACAACAAAGAUAAACAGAGAAGAAAGGAAGGUUUUGGAUUCACCACCUCUGGAUUUUCAAGACACCGAUUGGGAAGUCAUUAGGAAUCAUUGGGAAUAAGGCUUCAAGCACAUUUUGCAGUUUGCUACAAAUUCUGUUUGUACAUAAUGCAGACGCACACUCAGGAGGCCAAUUUAACUGUUAUGGUACAUGGAGCAAAUGCAGCAUUUUAAAAGAUCUAGAUUUUUUUAGAUCAUUAAUGUAUCCGUCUUGGUUGUUAGUCACCUGGUUCCUCCUAUUGUGCAUUCUGACCACCACGUAACUCAUUCUCACUCUUUCAGAUUUGGGUUGUUCUCUCGUCCAUCCCAUUGGUAGGGAUGUUUUCAGUGUUUUCUUACAAGAAAAAUAUAAUAAUUCAAACCGCCAUACAUGUUAUGCAUCUAGUCCUAAACCUCUUCCAUUGUUAAGUUGUCCUAGAAAAACAGCUGAAUAAAACUGGAGAAAACACAGCACACCAAAGAAGCAGAAUACUGCAAACCAAAGACAUUUAUUACUUGCCAUUUUCUAGCCUAAAUAUACUGUGAUUACUUUUAGAAAUCAGAAAACCUCUGCAACUCCAAAUGGCAUUCAGCUCUUGCAUUUGGCUCACCAUCAGGCUGAGCAGACAGGCUAUGCCAAGGACAUCAGCCAAGCCACCCAGGGAGUGGCUGUCACCUUCCAACAGCAAGCAGGAGAGCGCCCACAGAACUCUGGGAGAUUGCGAAGGUCACGAUGUGCAUAUUUACCAGUGAAUGGCCCCAGGUGGGCACCAUGGGGGUGUUCAAAGCAAGCCAAACGCUGCAAUGAUUCUUUACAGACACUUGAGACUGACUUUUUUUUAUGAAUUACUUAAUCGAAACCAAAGAAACUUUUUCUGCACCUACUUCUGCAACAAACAAAACUGUCCCAUUAAGGUGAAUAAGUAAAUACGUAAAUCAAUGAAAAUCACCACCAAGAAGAAGGAAGCACGCCAGAAAAAAAAAAUACAGUGAGACACACUGUGUUCAAACAGACCUCUUGGGACAUUUUUUGGAAGCAGAUUUUAAAGAAAGGGUUGAGACAAGAAUGGAAAUAAGGAAAACGCCUCAGUGGCUGCUGCUUCAUUUGACAACUCACGCGGUAAUCUUAAAGUUGAAGAUUGUCUUUAAUUUGUGCCUAUGCAGUUUUUCAAAAGAACACGGAACAGAGCAACAGAAACCUCAACAGCUACAAUACCAAAGAUGAGGAUUUCUCACACCUUUUGUUUCAGUUCAUUAUCUCCUCUUGCCUGGCUAACAUACUAAUAGUACCAUUGAUCUGUAUAAAGGUAUUGUAGUAUCUACAAGGUCCAAAUGCAUUUUCCAUCCAAAGUAAACAGAGGAAUGUCUGAGACAUGAAGGUGCCCUGCCCUUUUUAUUACAAGCAACGCACGGGUCUGGUCCGCUAGGAUUUGCCACGAAGUCUUGUCAUAUGAAACUCGAGGUAUAUUUUGUUAUGCCAUCCUAUGUCUUUUUUUUUUUUUUUUAGACUUUGUGGAAAGUGAUAUGUUGAAUCAAGUGUAAGCUGAGUUUUCCAGACAACUGAAGUAGCUACAUCGUGAAUGUUAUUUUGUUAUUAAAGGGUUUUUACUCAAUGCUUUGUGCCCGUGGGUGUCCUUUUCCUUGGAGACACAGAACUGUGGGAUUACCUCAGUGUGGCCUGGAUUUCGCUCCUGCUCUCAUGGUGGGAAUGUGGGCCCGGCCUGGGAAAUGGAAGGUCAUGGGCUAGAAGGUCAAUGUUGGCGCUAGGAAGAGAUCUCCGUAACUAUCAGCUUUAAAGAGAGCUGGGCCCAAACUUUCCAGCUUCACUCUCUCUUGACCCCAGCACUUCUCCGGAAUCCCUUGGCCUUGAGCACAUGCCAGCAUGAAGGCAGGCCCCAAUUCUUACAGAAAAGGCAGGGAGAGAACGUAGUAAUCCUCAGGCUUCUGUGGCCCAGCAGGCAGGCACCUUCCCCCAGGCUGGGCUCCACCAGCCAAGGUGUGGGCAGCCAUCUGUCGGCUUCCCCUGCGCCAUCGCUGCGGGUGUCUUCCUCCCCCUUGACUACAGCAAAAGGUCCAGGUCCCCACAGUCCAGGGGCCUCUUCCAAACCAGCCCCCAUCACACUUCCUGUGCAUUCUGGAUUGGCUAUUUCAUCUAUAAUUUGCGCAGAGGAUUGUUUGGAAAACAAAGCAAGGCCUGGAUGGGUUUUUCUGUGAUUUUGUUUCUAAUUUAUAUCUUAGCUAGUCCCAGGUCUUUGAUCUGGAAAAAGAAGAAGGAAAAGGAGACCUCACUGCCGCUCAUGCCUUGCCACUCUCUCCGGGGCCAGGCACACUGCGCAUGCUGUGGAUCUUUCUUAGGGGACAGGCCGAACCACAGCUACUAAGCCAAGAAAAUGGUCCGUCAAUGCCUACUUUAUCGCUGUUUGAAAGACGACCUCUUCAAAAAGCUGUACAACUUGGGGUUUCUUCCCAUUCUCUUUGCUUUGUCUCAAUUCGGCAUUUAGCUUCAGAGUCAGUUUGCUGU